AUGAAUGGAGUAGUUGAAGCUGUAAACAAGAAUAUCAAGAAGAUUUUAAGGAAGAUAGUGGAUAGUCACAGACAAUGGCAUGAGAAGUUACCAUAUGCUCUACUCGAUUAUCGUACCAUAAUCAGAACUUCUACUGGGGAAACUCCUUAUAUGUUGGUUUAUGGUUCAGAAGUAGUAAUACCUGCUGAAGUGGAAAUACCAUCUUUAAGGAGUAUUCAAGAGGUUGAUUUAGAUGAUGCAGAAUGGAUUCACAGUAUGAUUGAACAGUUGAUGCUCAUUGAUGAGAAAAGAAUGGAUACAGUUUGUCAUGGUCAACCCUAUCAGAACAAAAUGGCCAAAGCAUUCAACAAAAAAGUCAAACCCCAACAGUUCACACCGGGACAAUUAGUAUCAAAGAAGAUAUUUCCUCACCAAGGAGAAGCUAAAGGGAAAUUUGCCCGAACUGGCAAGGUCCUUACAUGGUUCAUAGAGUACUAUCUGGAGGAACGAUAA